AUGGGCUACUGGCUCAAUAAAAAUAUCAGUUCUCCUGUAGCUACAAAUAAACCCAAUGCUACCAUAGAUGAUAACUUCAGGCACAGAUUCCACGUUGUUGGAGAUCUUGAAGAACUAGACUGUUCCCUGAUGAUAUGCGACAUACCCAAAAAAGACAGCAUGACAUACUUAUUCGAUGCAGAUCUAGGAGAACAAAAAAGUGCUUUCCUGAGGGAGAAUAUCAAACUCUCUGUGUCAGACCUGACCCAAAAACCAGAGCUCCUCAUCCCAGAGAUUCUUGUGUCUGGGGAAACUGUGACCUCUACCUGUACCAUCAAAGGCGACUGCAAAGAAACGAAUGCUCUCUUCCUCUCCUGGAAAGGACCUGCCGUGUCCUCCAACCCAACUGUCUCCAGCAACUCCUCCUCCUUGGGGCUACACUUCACCCUGAAGCCUGAGGACCACGGCACCACUCUCAAAUGUCACUUGAACACCUCCCUAGCUAACUUAACCAGAAGUAGCGUGGUCAAGCUCCAAGUGGUCUCACCUGCCAGAUUGUUCAACUCCUCUUGUGCCUUGAAGAAGACACUGCAGUGCAGCUGUUCCUUCCACGGGAUCCCCACUCCCUCUGUGCAGUGGUGGAUGGGAGAUGCCCCUGUGGAUGUGAACAGCAUGGAUAACAUCCUCCAGGUGACUUCUACCAUACUUGCCCCCUGGGCCAACAGCACCAUCAACCUCAUUGGGGAGCCAGAAAUACUCACGAGACUUUACUGUGAGGGGAAAAACCAAUAUGGAAUCCACACUUCAAGCAUCUUCUUUAUGCCAGAUCAGAAUUUAGUUUCCAAUGUGUUCAUGAAAGGGCUGAUCCAGGGCAUUAUGUAUGGAGCCAUUGCGACUGCUCUGCUCUUCUUCUGCCUUGUCCUCCUCACGUCGGAGGGAAGAGGGGGCCGAGGAAUCGUGAGUCUGGAGGAACAGGAAGCUGGGAAUCCCAGUUUCUUCUUUGAGUAUGGGGGCACCCAGUACAGCCUUGUGGUGUUCAACACGGUAGACUGCGCUCCCGAGUCCUACGUACAAUGCCACGCUCCCACCAGCAGCGCCUAUGAGUUUGUCACCUGGCUCGAUGGCAUUAAGUGA